AUGGAAUAAAUAUACCUCAAGGUCCUCACUGUGAAUCCUCCUUCUUUUCCCUUCACACCACAGGCAUCCUGAACCGGCCUACAACACCACGCCUCAACCGAGACUUCAUUUACAAGGAAGCAGAAACAUCAAGAUCGGAGUUAUCCACCAUACACACUCAAGAAGCCACCAAUGCCAACCUGAGAGUCACCAUGGACGACCACAGCGCGACUGAUCAGAGUCGAAGCCCACCUCGCAAGAGACCCAAGACCGUUCGCUUUCCGGGUGAAGACUGCAAUGCGGACAGUCUCCACAUGCACGAUACGGAGUCAAGGGAGGUUGACUACUGUGAUGCGAUCCGCAAAGAGUGCUCUGGUAUGGAGAUAGACUCGAAUCAUCAUUACAUCUACGUUGUUCCUGAAAACGGAGCUGUGGUUUUCUACCAGGGCAUGAACCAAGCCGCAGCAACUCUCGACAAGGACUAUAUGGCCAAGGCAUGUGAAAUGGUAACAUUUCAAUUCGAUUCAAGCCGCACUAUGAGGCUAUUCCCAAAGCUUCUCAAAACGCACUUCGAGAACUAUGGAGGCGUUGUACCCCGAGUCCAUGCGAAGAUUCUGGUAUUCGAAAUUGGUACUUUUCCCGAAGCACCACUUCUCAACGAAUGGAUCACAGUACACCACGCACAUGGAUCCGACACAAACGCUCAUAAUCACGUUAGAGACUGGGUGGCCGCCUUGCUCGAUGUUUCGACCGACAUGGGAAUUGAGCUCCAUCUUUGCCGUCCCUGGAGAGACUUUGGUUUCCUCAAAGGGGCUACUACUCCUCUACGAGACGCUGGGUAUGAUCUGUCGGUCACUUUGGAAGAGGUCAACUGGCUCCAAGUGCCAGACCAAUUCAUCAGCUUCCUGAAGGCAAUGUCAGCCAGAGCGGUAACUGGAAAACCUCUAGAUGAUGCGAAUCUCAAAAUUGACAUUGCAAAAAUUUUGGUCGAUCACGGCAAUCGUUUCAUCCGCUAUUGAUCAUUAUAUUUUUUUUUCGCCCCGCGCGGACAUCGUCCGCCUUUUCUGCCUGCCUAUCUUACGCACAACACUACGGUGCAGUCUUUGGUUCGACGGCCGAGGGAGACCUUUUGAGGAUACGGGCUGUGCGGGCAGUGAUCGCUUUUACAAACCAGUUCACUUUCCUACAAGCAUGA